UUUGUUUAUGUUUUUUCAACGUGUUUUUUAGUUAUGCCUCGGCGUAAUCUUAGUAUUCUUGAAAAAACCUCUUUAAUUGAGGACAUCGAAAAUGGUUUAGAAGCUAAAGAAGCCACGAAAUUAUACAAGGUCAGUCCUAGGACUAUAUUUCGUACUCUCAGUAAUAAACAAAACCUAUUAGAAGCUUGUGAGAAUGGCCAAGGGAAGCGAACAAGGAUUGAGAAAAAUGAAAUGUUGAGAAGACAUGAUGAUGAAGUUAAACUGUUUAUAUUGAAAUGCUUGGAGAAAGGAAUCCCAUUGAAAGCGACUUUCAUCAUUGAAAAGGCUAAAAUGAUAGCUCAUGAAAUGGGUUACUUUAGAUUACAGUGUUCAUGGCAAUGGUUUAAACGUUUUAGAGAGCGAAUUAAAUUGAAACAAGGAACUUUAUCUGGUGAAAGAAUCUCAGUAAAUAGUGAAGUGGUUAAGGAUUGGCGAGAAAACAAGAUACCAAGAAUAAUGUUAAAUUGGCAAAAAGAGUUUGUUUUCAAUUGCGACGAAACUUCACUUUUUUGGCGUCAAUCUCCAUCAAAAACCUAUUUUAUAUCUAAAACAGAUCAUAUUGGAGAUAAGAUAUUUCAUGAAAGAAUAUCAAUUCUUUUUUGUGUUAAUCAAGCUGGUCAAAAACUUAAGCCACUUAUAAUAGGUAAAGCCGCAAAACCUCGUUGUUUUUAUAAAGAUUGUCUUUUGGAUUUGGAGCUUACAUAUGUUUCACAGUCAAACGCGUGGAUGAAUCUCAAUUUAUUUACUGACUGGUUGAAAAAUUGGCAUAUUGAACUUGUUGGUCAAAACAAAAAAGUAUUACUUUUACUAGAUAAUUUCAAGGGACACAAAAUUAAUACUGAAGAUUUUCCAAUGAUAACUUUCAAUUUUCUUCCACCAUCCACUACUAGUCUUACUCAACCAUUGGAUGGUGGAAUAAUUCGAGCUUUCAAAGCUAAAUAUUUAAAUAUCUUUGUUAAAUAUAUUUUAAAUGGAAUAGAUUCUGGUCGAAUGAGUGAUAUUGUUAAAAAUAUAAAUUUACUGAAUGCCUUAAACUGGGUUGAUGAGUGUUGGAAAGCUAUACCAGAGCAAACUAUAUGUAAUUGUUGGUCACAUUUUGGCUAUGUAAGCCUUGAUUUAAUGGAAAUUAAUAAUGUUUAUGAAGAAGAGCUUGUUACCAAUUUAAAUGAACUGUCCCUAAAUUUAACCAAUUGUUGUUCCUCCAAAGAGUUUAUUGAACAAGUUUCAUUUGAUUACUUAGAUUUUGAAUAAAGACUAUUCUUACAUCACUUUCGUGUAAAUAAGCUAUUUCCAGGUAGUGACAUUAUCUGGUAGAUGACAGUAAAUCAUUCAAUCAUCUUUAUAAAGAUUUCCAUCAUUUUUAAUGGCGACAAGUGGUUUGAAGCAAAACAGUUGGACACAACAUUUACUUGGUCACUAGGAAGUGCAGUGUAGCUGAUGAUGAUUUUGGAUACUCGACUCAUUAAAUUGCGUACAAAAAAAGGAAACUUAGGAGCCUCCUUGAACCAGUUUCUCAAGAGACAAGAAUAAAAGAAAUUGAGGAAUCCAGUCACCGUGAACUUGAGCGAGUUUGUUUACCUGGUUGGGUUAAAUGAAUUCAUAAAAAAAAGCUAAUUGAGAUGGAAGCGAUUUGAUCGAAUAAAUGAGAUUCAAGAAAUAAAAUUCCAAUAAUUAAAAGCAACAUAACCCGGUGUUUUAUUAUUAAUCACGUAAAUCAAAACAAAUAGAGAUGUAAUCCAAAAUACUAAUUUAACAAAGAAUCGGGUUGAAUACAGAUCUUAAGCCAUUUCCAGCUAACUGUUUACAAGACAUAAACAAUGAUUUUGCACAUUAUAAAAAUAACGUCUGAAUUACCACCAUUACCAAUUAUCUAUCGUCCAGAAUACUGCAUUCAAGUUGGUUUUAUUUGUCUUGAAGGAUCAAUGGAAUAAUAUCAUAACGUUGAUGAACCAUUGUUGUUUAUGGUUUUUCAUGAAUCGGUAGAUUUUUGAAUGUUGACAGAUUAACUGUUUCAAGACUUGAAAGACUCUUUUUUGUGUAUUUGCUAUCCUUAAAACUGUCAUACGGUUAUUUGAAGAUGAAAAAUAAAAGAUUAUUUUUUUGUGCAAUUCAUUUUCUUGUGAGCUCCCCUGAGGUUACAUACAACCCUGCAAAUCAUCAGUAUCAUCUUAAUUCUUAGCAUUUUUACCUUUCAACCUGCAUUUCUUCCGUUUACAUUGACUUGAUCUCAAAUAGCUUUGUGUAAAUUCAUUUAUCCGUAACCCAAACCCGGUGUUCAAGCCCAACUCAAGUUCAUGGUAACCGGAUUCUUCUACUUCUUAUAUUUGUGUCUUUUCAGGUAAAAACAGGUUCAAAGAACCUCUCAAAUCUUCUCUGUUUAACUUAAUGUUUUUCAUGAUGAUAACAUUAUCCUCAUCUUCAUUAUUAUCAUCAUCAUCAUUCUAACAGUACUUCCUAGUGACCGGGUAAAUGUGAGUUUUGUUUUGCUCACAGUUUUAUUUCACUCAACCCGACUUGAACAUUUUUAAUAGGUUUAGUUUAGUUUGGAUGUUCAACACUAACUGUUGAUAUAUUGUUCAAUAUUUAACUUUUAUAACUUUUUUAUACAAAGUCUUAUUUAUUUCUUAAGUUAUUCUUGUAAUUUAUUCAUUCUGCAAAAAAAAUUCAAUCUCUUUUCAAAAUGAAAGUAUCAGUUGUGUUGGUAUUUACAGUCAUCUUUAUUUCAGCAUCUGUUUCUGCUUCCGAUGAAAAUUCUUCAACAUCAGUAGCUGCUCGUCAAGCUCGUUUCGAGGAAAGGAAACUUCGCUAUGAACAGGAUAAAAAAGAUAUACAAUCAUUCAUGACUACAAAGAAUCUAUUUAAAACUGUAGUUAAAAUAUUAUUCGGCACUAGUGAUGAAAGUGCGGCAACAUCAAGACAAGUAUUGAACGUCCUCGUACAGGCUCUCGAUAUGAUCCGUAAUUCAUUCAGUCAAAGAGCUAGGAGUUCAACUUCUCGUGGUCUGAGGGAAGCUGUUGAUGAUGCCACAGUUGCUGGAGUAACAAUGUUACGUGGUUAUGUUAAAUCAGUACUUGCUGGUGAUGAUCAAUGUGCUCAAAGACAUUUAUGUGAAUCCUCCAAGGAUGCCAUCAGAGAAGGUCGUGAACUCGGUUACAUAGUUUCACAGGUCGGAGGGUAUGCAUCAAGCUAUCUCCUUCAACAGCAAAAAUCAAUCCCAUCAACCUCCACUUAUGAUGCUGUAAGACGAGGACGAAGUGGUGAAGACUGUGCCAAGAUUUAUACUAAUUGUAACGAGGCGGAAUAGACUUGAUUAUUAAACUUGGUUUAUUAAACUGUCCAACACGUUUCCAUCCCGCUAUAUUUAAAAACUGGUAAUUGUGAUCCAAAAGAUCAUUUCAACUGUUAAAAUUGAUUGAUCUUUCCAGUCAAACUUAUUUAUUUAUUUAUUUUCCUUGAAUUUAUCCAAAUCUGUAACCUUAAUAAUAUACGGCAAUCUGUUGUUCCUUCCAAGGUUGACAAUUAAAAUAUAAAUAUUUGUCCAUUUAA